AUGGCAUCAGGACCUGCUUUUCACGAUCUCUCUAAUGAUGCGAUCAAGGGUAUGGUGCCCAGUGAGGCAUUGCAGAAGCACUUGGAAAAUGCACAGCUGGCACAUCGCUUAUGUGUUGCCAAAGCUUUAAAAGCGGAGGAGCCACCUGUUGAAAAGUGUGCGCUGACAUGGGGUGAAGUGCUUAUCCGUUACCAAGCGUGGGCUGAGUACCGCCCACCCUUUCAGGAUAGCGUAGCGCAGGCAAAGUAUACAAAGUACUGGACAAAGAAGCGCCAGGCAGAGGAUGAUAAGAACCCAUUCAAGUAA